AUGAGAUUCAGUGGAAGAGCUAGUGUCUUUGAUGGGAGAUUCAGUGGAAGAUCUGUUGUCUUUGAUGGUAGAUUCAGUGGAAGAUCUGUUGUCUUUGAUGGGAGAUUCAGUGGAAGAUCUGUUGUCUUUGAUGGGAGAUUCAGUGGAAGAUAUGUUGUCUUUGAUGGGAGAUUCAGUGGAAGAUCUGUUGUCUUUGAUGGGAGAUUCAGUGGAAGAUCUGUUGUCUUUGAUGGGAGAUUCAGUGGAAGAUUUGUUGUCUUUGAUGGGAGAUUCAGUGAAAGAGUUGUUGUCUUUGAUGGGAGAUUCAGUGGAAGAUCUGUUGUCUUUGAUGGUAGAUUUAGUGGAAGAUCUGUUGUCUUUGAUGGUAGAUUCAGUGGAAGAACUGUUGUCUUUGAUGGUAGAUUCAGUGGAAGAUCUGUUGUCUUUGAUGGGAGAUUCAGUGAAAGAGUUGUUGUCUUUGAUGGGAGAUUCAGUGGAAUAGCUGCUGACUUUGUUGGGAGAUUCAGUAGUAGAGCUAUUGUUUUUUAUGAGAGAUUCAGUAGAAGAGCUGCUGUCUUUGAUGAGAGAUUCAGUGGAAUAGCCGCUGUCUUUGAUGGGAGAUUCAGUGAUAGAGAUGCUGUCUUUGAUGGAAGAUUUAGUGAUAGAACUGUUGUCUUUGAUGGGAGAUUCAUUGAUAGAGAUGUUGUCUUUGACAGGAGAUUCAGUGGUAAAGAUGCUGUCUUUGAUGGGAUAUUCAGUGGUAGAUCUAUCGUCUUUGAUGGGAGAUUCAGGGAUAGAACUGUUGUCUUUGAUGGGAUAUCCAGUGGUAGAGCUGUUGUCUUUGAUGGAAGAUUCAGUGGUAGAGGUGCGGUGUUUGACGGAAUAUUCAGUAGUAGAGCUGCUGUGUUUGACGGAAGAUUCAGUUGUAGAGAAGUUGUGUUCGACGGAAGAUUUAGUGGUAGAGCUGCUGUGUUUGAGAGAAGAUUCAUGAGUAAAAUCUUUGCAGUUGAUGUCCUUCACAGAUGUAGGGCCAUUGACUUGACGACUGUUCAUCGAUUGAUCAUCUUCGAUAGACGAAGUUUUUAA